UACCAGUCUUCUCUUGCAGUAUUUGACUUCCUCAAAGAUGGCGCUCGACCGAGUGUUCCAUUCAUAACCAAUCCACAAGCCAAGCUAGAUAGUUGAAAGGCAAAAUAAGCGGCUAAUUAUUCAAGACCCGCCACCCACACCUAACCAGGAAUUGCCCCUGUCAGUAUGCUGCAUGCAAUGAAAUAUAGGGCGGGGCUCCGUCAGCCUAUCUAUUUGAUGCUGCGUUAUGCAAGUACCGAGGCAGACUUCAAGCCAAAGGCUGUGGUUUUUGACAUGGGAGGGGUCGUAAUCCCCUCACCUGAGGCGACAUUUAACAAGUUUGAAGAUCAGCAGAAGUUACCAAGAGGAUCAAUUGUCAGAGCAAUUAAAGCUGCAGGAGAUAAUGGUCCAUGGAUGCAACUUGAGCUAGGUAACCUCUUGCCUAAAGAUUUUGCCCCAAAGUUUGGGCGAAUCCUCCAGACGAUGACCAGAAAGUAUGUUGACAUGGGUAGCUUUCUGGAAGAUAUUGCUGAGAGUAUGAUUGAACCAUUCCCUGAGAUGAUAGCUGCUAUUGAAAGCAUCAGAGAGAAUGGACUCAAGACUGCACUGAUCACCAACAACUGGCUCAUAGACAAGAAUACUUCAUUCUUGCCUGUUGAGAGGAGCCACUUUGAUGUGGUUGUUGAGUCUGCUAUUGAAGGUUACCGCAAGCCAGACAAGAACCUGUACAUGAAGCUUAUGGAUAGGUUAAAUGUCAAACCAGAGGAAAUUGUAUUCCUUGAUGAUAUGGGGAUGAACCUGAAGACAGCACGGCACCUGGGCUUUAAAACUAUCAAGGUUUCAGACCCAAUAACUGCUAUCCAAGAGCUUGAGGAAGUGUUGAAAUUUCCACUACAGGGAGGUGUUCCAGGAACAAGUGCAGUGCGUAAGGGGCAUGAGUUAUCAGAGAGCAACUUGGCAAGCUAUCUGCAUAAACAGUUAGGACUCAAUCAACAAGGUCCCCCCUUGAUACGGCAGUUUAAGCAUGGACAGUCCAACCCUACCUACUACAUCGAGUUUGGAGGAAAGCGCUUGGUGCUACGAAAGAAACCGCCCGGAAAACUCCUCCCAUCAGCACAUGCAGUUGAACGGGAAUUUCGGGUGAUGAGUGCCAUGGCUUGUGCUGGUGUCCCAGUCCCCAAGCUGCUUGUUCUAUGUGAGGACGCCAGCGUACUCGGGACCCCAUUUUACGUGAUGGAAUACACCGCUGGUCGAAUCUUUAAAGAUCCAUCGUUACCUGGAAUGACAAACGAACAGCGAAAGGAAAUAUAUAAUGCCAUGAGUGACGUCUUACACAAAAUACACAGCGUUGAUGUCGAUAAGGCAGGACUCAGGGACUAUGGCAAGACAGGCAGCUAUGUGAGAAGACAAGUGGAGAGGUGGGCAAAGCAGUACAAUGCUAGCAAGACGCACGAGAUUCCUUCCAUGGAUAAGCUGAUUCCCUGGCUCACGGAUAACUUACCCACGAAUGAUACAACGACAGUUGUCCAUGGGGACUUUAGGUUGGAUAAUUUGAUUUUCCACGCGACCAAGCCUGAAGUUCUAGCCGUGCUGGACUGGGAAUUGUCGACCCUUGGUGACCCCAUCUCUGAUCUCGCGUACAACUGCCUACAGCAUCACCUUCCCUCGACAUUCCCGAGUCUAAAAGGUAUUGCUGACGUCAGCCCCUUGUCCUUGGGUAUUCCUACCGACACAGAGUACAUGCAGAUCUACUGUGACAAAGCCGGCCUCCCUCCAGUCGACAACUGGAACUUCUACAUGGCUUUCUCGUUCUUUAGAGUUGCGGCUAUUUUGCAAGGUGUCUAUAAGCGAGCUCUUGAAGGACAAGCCAGUGCUGACAAUGCUAAGUCGGUGGGUUUGUUAGCCAAAGGUAUGGCUGAUCUCGCUUGGAAAUUCGCGUCCCAAGAAAACAAGCGGGCCUCGAUGGGUGCGACACCUCAGAGUUCUCCUACUGGUCAGCGGAUGUACUCCACCAGUGCAGGCGCUCCGCAGGAUAUUGGUUUACUUCCUGUAAGUGUUUCAUCACUAUCGCCACGUGCUCAAGGUUUCUAUGGAGACGUCAAAUCCUUCAUCAGCGGUCACAUCUUGCCAAUAGAACAUGAGCUACUUGGAAUCGAGGCUUCAGGGAAUCGGUGGGAAAUUCACCCUCAAGUCGAGGAGCUUAAGGCCAAAGCCAAGGCGGCCGGGCUGUGGAACUUGUUCAUUCCUUUCGAGACUGAUCCCGAGGGCCGGUAUGGGCCGGGGCUGACGAAUGUCGAGUACGCGUUCAUCUGUGAAGAGAUGGGAAGAUGCUUUCCCUCAUCUGAGGUAUUCAACUGCUCGCCUCCCGACACCGGAAACAUGGAAGUGCUUAUUCGUUAUGGCUCGGACGCUCAAAAGGAGAAGUGGUUGGAGCCUUUGCUAGACGGGCGAAUCCGAUCAUGCUUUGCGAUGACGGAACCACAGGUCGCCUCUUCCGAUGCCGCAAACAUCGAGUCUUCCAUUCGUGUGGACGGCGACCACUAUGUUCUGAAUGGAAGAAAAUGGUGGAUAUCUGGUGCGCUAGAUCCAAGAUGCAAGCUCGCGAUAUUUAUGGGCAAAACAGAUCCGACAGCAAAGCGACACCAACAACAGUCCAUGGUUCUUGUCCCAAUGGAUUCAGAGGGAGUUCGCAUCGUUCGCCCACUUUCUGUCUUCGGCUACGAUGAUGCGCCAGCUGGUCAUGCCGAGCUAGAAUUUGUGAAUGUCCGCGUUCCCAAAGAAAACAUUAUCUUAGGCCCUGGCAGAGGGUUUGAGAUAGCUCAGGGGCGACUAGGUCCAGGUCGCAUUCACCACUGCAUGCGCCUCAUUGGUCACGCAGAGAGAUCCCUGGAACUUAUGGUCGACAGGGUGCAAAACCGGGUUGCGUUUGGAAAGCCGUUAGCCGAGCAAGGGACCAUUCUGUCAAACAUCGCAGCCUCGAGGAUAGAGAUAGAGCAAGCGAGACUUCUUACUUUGAAGGCAGCACAUUUGAUGGACACCGUGGGAAACAAGAUAGCAGCCCCUGAAAUAGCCAUGAUAAAAGAAUCCGCCCCGCACAUGGCGCAGAGAGUAAUUGACAGAGCAAUGCAAGCUUUCGGUGCCGCUGGACUCUCCGCUGAUACACCGCUUGCUCAGUUCUUCUCUUGGGCCCGCAUUCUGCGGCUAGCGGAUGGACCAGAUGAAGUACACGCGCGCGCAAUAGCCAAAAUGGAACUCAAAAGAUCGCGGAAAUAAGCCGCAGCUAUGUAAAAUUUGCAAGUCGCCAGUUUUCUUAGAUCUUGGGACUGUGUCUUUACUAUGUAUAUAGGACGGUAGAAACAACGAAAGUAGAAAUUGAUGGAAAGGGUUUUCUUUUCCUUGGAAUACUUGGUCCUGUGACGCCAGAUCUCUUUUUAACCACAGGAACCCCGGCUUCUCUACCCAAGUCUGGCAAAUCGCGCUGAAACAAGCCCCUCUCAACCCUGGCGUUUACCGUGGAUGCAUGUACGAGUUUCAUCGAGGAGAUAAAACUUGACAAUUAUUUCUAGGAAUUAAAGAGACAAUCGACGUGGAAAAUUUUUUUAUUAAAUGCCGGUCAAUAAUA